AUGUUUUUCUCGAUUGGAGUUGCUGACGUGGCCUCUCUUUUCAUCAACGCAAUCCUUCGCCAUCUCACCGUUUACAAGAUUGGACCUGAGGAGGCAAGGAGAAAAGCAAUGAUCAAAAAUUCUUUCCAGACUUGGGAAUGGCUUUAUCGAGUUGCUUAUCUUGUCUCAGCUCUUGUCUUCUAUGUUCAUUUCCUUGGACAUUGUUUCCUUUCGCUUAAUCGAUUCACUUCAGUGCUUUUACCGGGAUAUCAUCGAAAAUUCUGGGCUCAUAGCACAAAAUGGUUUAUCUUUGCGAAAUGGUUUGCCGCUUUUGCUUUGAUCUCUUAUCGAUUAACAGCUCGAUUGAAUUUCGUUGAUCAAAACGAUGGGACUUAUUUGGUGGACGGUUACAACAAUGCGGCUAUCCGUGUGUUAUCACAUCUUGUUUCGGGAACAGUUUGUGGUGUGUCAACGAUGAUCUCGAUGUUUCUCUCAAUGAUUACUCUUGCUCAACUCUAUUGUUUAAGGACAAAGGUUUCGAUGAAACAAGCAAAAAUCGAGCGCAAUCUCAUGAUCUACACUCUUUUAACAUUCCUAUCCAGUUUGGUUAUGGAUUGGCAACAGUUCUAUCGAGUACAUACUGUGAACAAUUAUGACAAGGAAAAGCUUGCUUGGAUUGGAAAGCAAUACUUUUGGAUAAAUGAUAUUUUGGUGUUCUCCAAUCUCUACACGUUGAUCAUUUGUUGUUGGCCAGUCGCUUCUAUACUACAAGAAGCGAAAUGGACGCUGCUCGUUCCCCGUCAAAAGAGCUCAGCGAUGCAGGCCACUUUCGGGAAUGUUUAUUCGAUGAGAGUUCAAUGGAGUAUCUACGCAUCAACUUUUGAAGCUUUACAGAAAUUCAUUCGA